CUUGCAUUGUCGCAGGUCGCCUGGUGAGCGAAUUCGGGGCUCAAAUGCUCGUCAAAAUUCGGUCGGGUUGUAGAAACAUUUCUGGAUCAUUUGGCUUUGUGCUACGGUAGCGGUAGCAGCAGCUGCUAGCGGAGAGGUAAGGAUCAGAGAGUGGCCAUGGACGUCGUCGGCACGUGGAUCGAGCCGGAGAUCGAGAAGCACGAGGCCGCGGAGGGCGACAUGGAGUCCGACCCGGCGCUCGCCGCGGCGCGCGAGCGGGAGCUGGAGCCCGUGCCGCGGUGGCAGGACGAGCUGACGGUGCGGGGCAUGGUCGCGGCGCUGCUCAUCGGGUUCAUCUACACCGUGAUCGUCUUGAAGAUCGUGCUCUCCACCGGGAUGCUACCGACGCUGAACGUCUCCGCCGCGCUGCUCUCCUUCCUCGCGCUCCGUGGCUGGACGCGUUUACUGGACCGCUUCGGCAUCGUGUCCCGCCCCUUCACCCGACAGGAGAACACCAUCGUCCAGACCUGCGGAGUGGCCUGCUACACCAUCGCGUUCGGCGGUGGGUUCGGGUCAACCUUGCUUGGUCUAACCAAGAACACGUACGAGCUGUCCGGCGACUCGGUGGGCAACGGGCCGGGGAGCUACAAGGAGCCAGGGAUUGGCUGGAUGACGGCAUUCCUCUUUUCUUGCAGCUUCGGGGGGCUCCUCACAUUGAUUCCCCUUAGAAAGGUAUUGGUCGUCGACUAUAAAUUGACUUACCCAACUGGGACGGCAACUGCUGUUCUUAUAAACGGGUUUCAUACUGGUGAAGGAGACAAGAACUCAAAGAAGCAAAUCCGUGGCUUUCUGAAAUAUUUUGGGGGUAGCUUUGUAUGGAGUUUCUUCCAGUGGUUCUACACCGGCGGCGAUGCUUGUGGAUUUGUUCAGUUCCCUACGUUUGGUCUGAAGGCCUGGAAGCAGACAUUCUUCUUUGACUUUAGCUUGACAUACGUCGGUGCCGGGAUGAUUUGCCCGCAUAUAGUAAAUGUCUCCACACUCCUUGGUGCAAUUCUUUCAUAUGGAAUAUUGUGGCCACUCAUCAGUAAAAACAAGGGGGAUUGGUACCCUGCAAAUGUACCCGAAAGCAGCAUGAAAAGUUUGUACGGUUACAAGGCCUUCAUAUGUAUCGCGCUGAUCAUAGGGGAUGGACUCUACCACUUCACCAAAAUUAUUAGCAUCACUUUUAAGGGCAUGUAUCGACAAUUUAGCGGUAAACGUGCUGACAAUCGAGUGAGAAAUGUGGACAAUACAGUCUCACUUGAGGAGCUACAGCGUGAAGAGAUAUUCAAGAAGGGCAAUCUACCUGCUUGGAUGGCAUAUACCGGGUAUGCCUUGAUAAGCAUCAUUGCAGUGGUUACCACGCCAAUAAUAUUUCAACAGGUGAAAUGGUACUACGUAGUUAUAGCUUAUGCCGUCGCCCCCAUGCUUGGAUUUGCCAACUCCUAUGGCACGGGGCUUACCGAUAUCAACAUGGGCUAUAACUACGGAAAGAUCAGUCUCUUCAUCUUUGCGGGUUGGGCUGGCAGGGAUAAUGGUGUCGUUGCAGGGCUUGUUACCGGUACAUUGGUGAAGCAACUGGUGCUUAUAUCUGCUGACUUGAUGCAAGACUUUAAGACAGGUUAUCUCACUCAAACAUCACCAAAAUCAAUGAUGGUGGCACAAGCCAUUGGGACAGUCAUGGGUUGCAUUGUCUCCCCCCUGACGUUCAUGCUCUUCUACACGGCAUUUGAUAUUGGCAACCCGACUGGCUAUUGGAAGGCACCGUAUGCACUGAUAUACCGUAAUAUGGCAAUACUUGGUGUUGAGGGGUUCUCAGUGCUGCCAAAAUACUGUCUAGCAUUAUCUGGUGGAUUUUUCGCAUUUGCAGCACUGCUCAGCAUGGGAAGAGAUGUCAUGCCACACAAGUAUAGGAAAUAUGUUCCCCUUCCAAUGGCAAUGGCGGUUCCAUUCCUUGUAGGCGGAAGCUUUGCUAUUGAUAUGUGUGUUGGGAGUUUGGUGGUUUUUGUCUGGAACAAGAUAAACAAAAAAGAGGCUGGCUACAUGGUCCCUGCAGUUGCAUCUGGUUUGAUAUGUGGGGAUGGCAUAUGGACGUUUCCUUCAUCCUUGCUUGCCCUUGCCAAGAUUAAACCACCAAUCUGCAUGAAGUUUACACCUGCACCCUAGAGAAUAGUUACGUUCAUGAGUAUGGGGCUUUACCAUGCGUGAUUGAAUGAUUGAUGCAUCUUGUAUGGUUACUCCAUCAUUCAUGUCUACUGAAUUGAUGUGUAUACAUAUGUACUCUAUGUCUCUAUACUUCAGAUCUCUCGAAUAACUUGAUGUUUUUCUUUCAUUGUACGGUGCAUAAGUAUACCUU